AUGGCAUACUCGCAUAACCCUGAUAUUUUUCGCUGGAAAAGAUUAACUAAGACAAAGAAACCCACUGCAGAUAAGGUAAGGUGUUAUUGUCAAUAUACUGUAUGUGUGUAUGUUUGUGGGUGAGUGAGAAGUUUACGGUUUAAUUAAAUACUUUUGACAGGUGUGAGGUAAUGUAAAAUAUUGUUGAGUGUCACCUAAACUUAAAGUGAUGCACAAAUCAUUAAUUGAUGACCUCGAACUGAUCUUCCAAUGCAUGAUCAAACACUGCAUGACUGCAAACAAAACUUUUGAAGGCCCGGUGCAGUCAAAAACGUGAUUUUCCUGUGUUUUGUAUAUUUCUACACUGUGAGGUUGGAAUAAUACGGUGAAAUUGUUACAAUUAUGCUAAUGCACUUUUAUUGUAAGAGCUGUUUAAAAAGACAGCCUGAAAUGUCAGCCUGUUUUGGUGGGAUAGAGUUGUGGCCUGCCUGGUGACAUAACCAGGCUGCAAAUUAGUUAAUAGACAUUUACAUUUUUAACAUUUUUAGUCAUUUAGCAGACACUCUUAUCCAGAGCGAUUUACAGUUAGUGAGUGCAUACAUUUAGAAGAGUUCCAAGCCUCUCUGCCAUUAACAGCUUAUUUUCAGUUUUCCCCUCCGCACUCAGACAGUCCUAGAAAAAUACUUGCUUGAGGAAUUGCUCUUAGCUAAGAAGCUAUUAUUAUUUCUAUUUUUUACAAUUUUAAUUGAAAACAAUCAUAGUAAGGUACUUAAUUGUUACCCAGAAAUGAUUGAAUAUUGAGAUAAAAACAGCUGCGUUGGACCUUUUAAAUAUAUUCAACUGUAUCAUAUUUUCUGUCUCCAUCUCUGACAUUUCCUUACUGGAAGAAACCUAUCGAGAUGGAUAAACCAUAAUAAAAGUGCCCUCAAAGCCAUCUUUAGAAAUAAAGCGGGGCUUCAGAAUGUAUGGAUUUAUACGUCUCAGUGACUGGAGAAGGCUGAAGAAGCCCUUACAGUUUAAAUGGCCUUUUUGAGAUCCUCUGGUAGUGCUCAGGGUGACACAGGGAUACUUGAAUCACUCUUACUUGAAUCACUCUUAGAAGAUAAAUACUUUUUUCAACUGCUAUAGGAAAUUAAUCUGAAAUAAUCCUCAGCCAUUAGGCAUUGGCUGGGCUGUCUUGGUUUUACAGCCACCAGUUAACCACUCUCACCAUCUGUGAAACAUAGUAAUAGUAAUGACGAAGCAACACACUUUUUAUUUUUCCUGCUCUUUCUGAUCGUCAUGAUAAAUAAGUCUAAUUUUCUACAAUAGCAGGUGCGGCUCAAUAAUGGGGAGAUCAACCAAUGGAUGAAGGUGAGAACUCUUUUAUUUCACAUUGUCUAACUUUACCUCCUGAAACCAGAGAUGGACUGUUUGUGUGCAGAGGAUAUUAUUCUGCUAUAUCUGUCUAUAAGGCCAUAUGUAUUCAUGAGGUGUGCUUUUGUGUCCCCAGACAGUGGAAAUGGCAUCAGACUUUGCAGUGACUGAGGUUUUUUCCCUGAAGAAGCCCCAUUCAGGGAUAAGCAGCCAGUCAAUGGCACUACAGCGCACCGAGCAGCUGCUGGAUCAUGACGAAGCAUACGGGGAAGGUAGGCCACACACACACACACAUACACACACACACACACACACACACACACACACACACACACACACACACACACACACACAUAUACCUUUUUUGUGACUCUUUUUUUUUUCUCCCUGUAGCCCAGGCUCUUCUGAGUGAUUGGAUGAACAGCAAGUUGCGUCUGGAACUGGAGAUGGAGGAAGAGGACGAUGUGAUUGGCUCCCCUGAGAAAAACAAUCCAGAAGCCAUGCCACCUGCCCAGCCUGUCUCCCUGGACUACAGCAGCUUUGAUGGUACAGAGACACUAACCAACACAACAACAUAUUUAACUCUCAACUUCCAUCUGACAAUAUAAAGUUCAGUUAACACAGUGGCUUGCGAAAGUAUUUACCCCCCUUGGCAUUUUUCCUAUUUUGUUGCCUUACAACCUGGAAUUAAAAUGGAUUUUUGGGGGGUUUGUAUCAUUUGAUUUACACAACAUGCCUACCACUUUGAAGAUGCAAAAUAUAUUUUUUUGUGAAACAAACAAGAAAUAAGACGAAAAAACAGAACUUGAGCAUGCAUAACUAUUCACCCCCCCCAAAGUCUAUACUUUGUAGAGCCACCUUUUGCAGCAAUUACAGCUGCAAGUCUCUUGGGGUAUGUCUCUAUAAGCUUGGCACAUCUAGCCACUGGGAUGUUUGGCCAUUCUUCAAGGCAAAACUGCUCCAGCUCCUUCAAGUUGGAUGGGUUCCGCUGGUGUACAGCAAUCUUUAAGUCAUACCACAGAAUCUCAAUUGGAUUGAGGUCUGGGCUUUGACUAGGCCAUUCCAAGACAUUUAAAUGUUUCCCCUUAAACCACUCGAGUGUUGCAUUAGCAGUAUGCUUAGGGUCAUUGUCCUGCUGGAAGGUGAACCUCUGUCCCAGUCUGAAAUCUCUGGAAGACUGAAACAGGUUUCCCUCAAGAAUUUCCCUGUAUUUAGCGCCAUCCAUCAUUCCUUCAAUUCUGACCAGUUUCCCAGUCCCUGCCGAUGAAAAACAUCCCCACAGCAUGAUGCUGCCACCACCAUGCUUCACUGUGGGGAUGGUGUUCUCGGGGUGAUGAGAGGUGUUGGGUUUGCGCCAGACAUAGCGUUUUCCUUGAUGGCCAAAAAGCUCAAUUUUAGAACACCAAACGUGUUUGCCUAUUUUUUUCUUUAAGCGCGAUGGCUUUUUUCUGGCCACUUUUCCGUAAAGCCAAGCUCUGUGGAGUGUACGGCUUAAAGUGGUCCUAUGGACAGAUACUCCAAUCUCUGCUGUGGAGCUUUGCAGCUCCUUCAGGGUUAUCUUUGGUCUCUUUGUUGCCUCUCUGAUUAAUGCCCUCCUUGCCUGGUCCGUGAGUUUUGGUGGGUGGCCCUCUCUUGGCAAGUUUGUUGUGGUGCCAUAUUCUUUCCAUUUCUUAACAAUUGAUUUAAUGGUGCUCCGUGGGAUGUUCAACGUUUCGGAUAUUUUUUUAUAACCCAACCCUGAUCUGUACUUCUCCACAACUUUGUCCCUGACCUGUCCUGACCUUGGUCUUCAUGGUGCCCCUUGGUCUUCAUGGUGCCGCUUGCUUGGUGGUGCCCCUUGCUUAGUGGUGUUGCAGACUCUGGGGCCUUUCAGAACAGGUGUAUAUAUACUGAGAUCAUGUGACAGAUCAUGUGACACUUAGAUUGCACACAAUCUAAUUAUGUGACUUCUGAAGGUAAUUGGUUGCACCAGAUCUUAUUUAGGGGCUUCAUAGCAAAGGGGGUGAAUACAUAUGCACUAACCACUUUUCUGUUAUUUAUUUUUUAGAAUUUUUUUAAACAAGUACUUUUUUUCAUUUCACUUCACCAAUUUGGACUAUUUUGUGUAGGUCCAUUACAUGAAAUCCAAAUAAAAAUCCAUUUAAAUUACAGGUUGUAAUGCAACAAAAUAGGAAAAACGCCAAGGGGGAUGAAUACUUUUGCAAGGCACUGUACAUCAUACCACAGUCAGUGGGUCCAUCAGGACCAUAUGUCAUACAGUACACCCUCCGUCUCUCUCUCAGACCUGUAUUCCCACCUGGCUGAGGAGGAGGAGAGCUCAGCGGUCAACAACUUCCUUCAAGACCUCAUGGAGCGGGAAGUGGUGGAUUCUGGGAUAGUGGAGGAUCUGGCACUAGACUCUGAAGAGCGAGACAGGAGGAAGAGGAGGGACCCGAGCCUCACCAUGGAGGCACGUCACCGACAGGUACAGAACCAGAGAGACAUUACGCAGGAUUGGACAGUCUCUGGAUUCCCAAGAUUCUUGACAAAGUUGAAGUAACACUGUAGUAUCUGCAUUGGGAGCCAAAUGGAAGUCCCAGUGAAUGGAACUGUUUACUACAACAGCUUAUGACAACAUCCACGUCUAAUUCCUCCUUUUUUCUCAUUCCAGGUGCGUGAGAACCGUGCACGGCGGGACGUGGAGCGGGAGAGGUUGCACAGGGAAAGGGUGGCGCGGAGGCAGGCCAGGGAGGAGGCGCAGAGGAGGGAGCAGGAGGAUGAGAGGCGGAGGAGGCAGGAGGCACGCAGGCAGGAGGAGAUGGUGCAGCAGGAGAUGGUGCUACUGCGCCGCGAGAUGGAGGAGAGGAGGAACCUGGAGCAGCUAGCCAGGCAAAUGUACAGUAACCAUGGAAACUAAGGGCUAACAACAGGACAAACAAAACCACGCGUUUACUUCCACACUCCUACAAUCACCUGCAUCACACCCAUGCAAUGAGCUCUUAUUCAGAAUGCUGGGUCUCUAAAAUAUGCCAAUCUGUUUGGAGCUAGUUCAGGGUCUUGUAGGUCUGACUGUGUCUGGGUGUCUCCCCCACAGGGAGAGGGAGAGGGUCGCCAGGAAGACGGCAGCUAAGAGCUCUCUGGUACUCCAGCCAGGCCCUUCACGCUCUACUGCACAGAAACAACAGGACACAGAGAGACCACUCAGACUACAGCAAGCAGAGAUCAGGGUUCAGAUGCACAACCUGAAGGUUAGUAGAAUACAGGUGUGGAGGGGAAGGACAGGGUUCUGUUGGUUGGUGUGUGCUUAGUGUUCACAGCAUCUGUGUUUUCAGUUUCUGCAGAGGCACUUCUCUGGCUGGUACUCUGUGCUGUUGGAGAGGAGGGUGUGGAUGGGCAAGGCGGCGGCGCUCUGUGAUUGGAGGAGACAGCUGAGGGCGUGGCGAGCCUGGCGGGCGCUGGUUUGGGCAGGGCGAGAGCAGCGGGAAGCGGAGAGAACAGAGGAGGAGCUACGAACCCAGAACAGGUAAGCACAGAAUGGAGUCUGUCCCAACAUUACAAUCUGCAUACUUGAUUUAGCUCGCCUGGUGUGCUGGGAGGGUGGAGUUUUAUGUUUCGCACUUUGGUUAAAAAAGUGAAAACUCUACCUACCUGGCGCGCAGGUUGAAUUUAAUAUUAACACUGAAUCUGACUUAUGAACACUGAGGAAGAAAACCUGGACAGUUUAAAUUAGGUCAUUUGUUUUGCCUUGCCAAAUAAACAGGUGCCUGGUAACCCCUGGUGAAGAUGAUUAGCAAAUCUGGCCCUCAAGCUCGUCACAGUCACACCAGGUGUUUGUCUCUAAUAGUGCGUAAUCCCUCGUAGACGCUGCCAGGUGGCGGUGGAGAGUGACCGGAGGCGUUUGCUAAGACGAUGCCUGAGUGAUUGGCGGCUGUGGUGUCGGGCGGAGAGAGAACGCCGGGAGCUGUUGUCACAGCAGGAAGAGACGAGGCGCAAGAUGGCCGCCCUGAUCAAUGCUGCGGCAACUGGGAAACUCAAGAUGAUGGAGGCGCAUGCUCCUGAGCUAAUCACAGGCCUGCCUGAGCCUUCUGACCAAUCAGAAACCAUAGAACUGGUGAGUGACACUUGUAGAGCCCUCCCACUGAGGAAAGUCAACACAAAGAAAGUACAGGCAUAGCUACGUAGGAGGACACACACAAAAUGACAGAUACAGACACACACACAGUGUUGUGUCUGCACAUUAGAUAUACAUUUGCUGGAGCGUAUCACAGUACAGACAGAAGCCCGAAGGUCGUAACGGUCUGUAGUCAUGAAUUAAACAUUAGCUAUAGCUUAAUUCUGCAAUGGUCAAAUUAGGCAAUAAAAUGUGCUUUUGUAUUCAUUUGGUGAAAGUCAUGCAUUAGUCUAUCAGUAUCUAUUGAAUAAACAGGUUCUGUUUCAGAGUUCCUCUCCUCGCAUGAGUUGGCCCAUACUUUUCUCUCUGGGAGUUUGAUGAAAUGAUGAAAUAUUCACAACACUGCAAGGUUUGCUUUCUCCUCAGAGAGCGAGAGAGAGAGGAAGUGACUGACAAAAAGGCAGAGAUUGAAUAGUGGAAUAGAGCUUGAGGGAGAUAGGAAAAGGAGCGAGAGAGAGGCACAGCAACUUGUAUCUAGAUCAGUGGUGUCAAACACAUUUGCCCUGCCGCAUUCGGUCUUCACCGAGGUACGGAGGGCCGCACUUCAAAUUGGGAAUAUUUCCCCGCCGUCAAAAUGUCCUAAAAUUAGUCCCAUAUCUAUCGCUUUUGGAAUUUUCUAUGCUCCCUGACUGUCUAGCAUUCGUUAGAUGACUGUUAGUGAGCUGGUCAGAGUGAAGAGACUGUAAGUCAUUGUUGUUUCUACACAGUUUUUAUUUAGUUCUAGUCAUUUUGAUGUCAAUUGAGAUUGUUUUUCCCAACAAAAAAUGUAUUUGUAUUUUUUUUGUUAAUCAACUUCAUCCCAUUUCCAUGUGACCCCUACACUUUACACAAUUCCUGUCUCUGCAGAAAGGUCAGCCAGGGUCACGACCUGCUGGCCCCACCCCCUCUGCCUGUCAAGGUGACGGACAGCCGGGGGCUGUGGUCCUGCGCUCCCUCCCCUGGCAGGUGACACGGCGUAACGCGGCGAUGAGUGCAGGUGAGUGAUCAAAGUAAAAGUUAAAAUGCUGACCCUGUAUCCGUGAUUAGGGGAAACUCCUACCUAUAUCUUAGUUAAGGGCAACUUGUCUACCCUCUAGUUCUAUCAAGCAGGGGUUGGAACCGAAACGAUUUUCCAAUCAUUUGUUCCGAACAGAACCACUAUUAUUUAGUUCCGUUCCAGUGUUCCGACCAAGGUAGUUAAAAUAUAUAUAUUGGUGAUAAAGGGAAAUUUGAAAUGUAUAUCAGUGAUUAGGUUUCAACUUCCACAAAGUGUUAGAAAUGUACAUAAUUUCACAAUGGAUGAUAAAGUUGUAUUCUAUUCAAUAGGCGAGCUGAGGCGAGCACGGCAGAGGGGUGAGGUGGGCAUUGUAGGUGCAGCGUUGUGGGGGGGGCGGUUCCAGCAUCGCCACGCCAGCCAGCAGCAGACCAUCGCAGAGCAGAGGAGGCUCCUCAGGGAGCAACAGGAGCAGAUCGCACGCCUGCAGGAGGAGCAAAGCAUGAUGGGACUGAGGCAGGAGGCCCAGACAGCCGCCCAGAUCGCUGUCCCAGCAUCCCCAGGCCCCAGAGGGAUGACCUCUGACCCCAAAGAACCCAGGUAGGUCCCUCUUCACAUUACCAUGGGAACCCAGGUGAGGAGGAGAGGCACACAGGCUGCCUGUGUAGGGUGUGUCUGACCCGAGCCCGAUGGGCCCCGACAUUAUACAUCGGGUUAGGGCCGGGUAGGGCCUGUUUUUUCAUCAAUAACUAGGGUACGGGUAGGGCUCGGGUAUCACUAAGUUGAUCACUAACAUUUUGAAGCUGAGCCAGUUUCUCGUACUUGUCUGCGCAGUACAGUCAUAUCUGACUAAGAUCAUAACAUGGUGUCACAAAUGCUUCAACAUUGCCAAAUAUAAGACAGGAGAGAUUAUUUCACAGAAAAUAAUAAUGUUCCUUGAGUUUUGUUGGAGUUUAGAGUGACGUAAAGUAGCUUACAGCUCAGUGGUCUCAUGUCUCAUCAUUGAGCAGAGCAGCCCAAGCGGAGCCGUUGCUAUGGAUACUCACCGACUCAGAGCCGCCUUGAGCGGAGUGCAUACUGAGCGAGCAGCGCGCAGGGAGCGCGUGACAGACAGAGAGGAGCAGCUAAUGGAUUUACUAAUGGAGGAAGUUAUUUCUGAUUUCGGGCAGGACCCGGCUUUACAUUUUGCAGAAGCAAUCUGGCCUGGGUAGGGUAGGGCCUGAAUGUCGUGGGCAUGGGUAGGGCUCGGUCUUCAAAUUCAUGCGUGUGCAAGGCUCUAACGCAGGGUCCUCGGAAGUGUGCUCAAACCUCAAGACCCAAGCCAAUCGAUACCAAUGGGGGACUGACUAGAAAUGACAGUUCCGCUUGGACCGAAUGACGUGAUUGUGGUUAAAAGUGGCUGAUUUCAGUCAGAGGUCAUAGGAUCCAAGGGGAUCAGCAGACACAGCACUUUCAUUGGUAGAUCAACAUUUAGUAUGCAGCGAACAUGAGUUGGUACGAAAGCUCAUGACUUGUGGACACUCAUCUGUUACUUGAAGCAGACAGCUAAGCGUUUUCUCGUUUUGAAGGCUUUCAAAUCAUGCUCAGGUCUGAAGACAAGACAUUAUCCUAGUGUAGGCUUGGUGUUGGGUAGUUGUGAUUUAUAUUCUACUACCCAACACUCAAAAAGUAAAAAGUAUGAAACGUUGCGGUAAUUCUCGCCUUAAUUGAGUCAUCAGCAGAGGAUACACAGAGGAUUAAUUAUAUUAAAACAAUACACCACUUCCCCUUGAGAAUAAAACCGAGGCUAAUUAGAGAUUUACUAUGGUAAUAAACAUGAUUUACUAUGGUAAUAAACAUGAUUUACUAUGGUAAUAAACAUGAUUUACUAUGGUAAUAAACAUGAUUUACUAUGGUAAUAAACAUGAUUUACUAUGGUAAUAAACAUGAUUUACUAUGGUAAUAAACAUGAUAAUAACUAUGGUAAUAAACAUGUUAUGCUCCCUGCAUAUUACUCCAGGCGUGACAACAUGUCUGCUGAAAUUUUCACUAUUUAAAAGUUAAUUCAUUGAAAAGAACAUGAAGUCCUCCUCACUACCGUUCAGAUAAAACAGGAGAUACCUUCUUCUUGUACCUUCCCUCCAAACAAAAACAAGUCCUUAGAAUGCCCCCUGUGUGCGGGGCUGGUUGGGUCAGUCUGGUAAAUUGGGAGUAGAUCUAUAUUAGAGAGUGAAUAUUUAAUGAUGUGUGUUUCUGGGUGAUGUUCUGUGUUUCAGGGCUGGGAGAGUCUCUCGGGGGAACGAUGGCCGUUCCUCGGCCUCCAGGAAACCAGCUGUCCGUCAGCCCUGUCGUCAUCCCACCGUCAUGGGUCAGUCAGCACAUUCACCUCCAUGUUAAGCUCUGCGUAGAGCUAAAAUACACACACACACACACACACACACACACACACACACACACACACAUAGAGAGACACACACAGAAAUAAACACAGAGAUAUUGCUUCCAGAUGGUUGAUCACACAAUGAAUGGUCUGACUGUUGUUGUGGAGAAUAAUAGGAAGUAGGAGAAAAUUUAUUUCAUGGCCGUGAGUCGGCUGUAUAGAGCUGUAGCUAGCUUACGUGGAGGAAUAAAGUUUCUCUCUGUUACUCUGUUUGGCUGAAGUUUCCUAUACGUGGUAGGAAUAGGAAGGGGCGAUUUGAGAGCAGUGGUAUGGGCCUAUAGAUAUACACUCUCUCUGUUACACACACAUACACACGUUCUCUUUUGGAACAGAACAACACCAAAAAUGUACAGCGCAAUCGGAAAGUAUUCAGACCCCUUGACUUUUUCCACAUUUUGUUACGUUACAGCCUUAUUCUAAAAUGGAUUCAAUUGUUUUUUUCACUCAUCAAUCUACACACAAUACCCCAUAAUGACAAAGCAAAAACAGGUUUAAAAAACGGAUAUCACAUUUACACAAAUAUUCAGACCCUUUACUCAGUACUUUGUUGAAGCACCUUUGGCAGCAAUUACAGCCUCGAGUCUUCUUGGGUAUGACUUUACAAGCUUGGCAUACCUGUAUUUGGGGAGUUUCUCCCAUUCUUCUCUGCAGAUCCUCUCAAGCGCUGUCAGGUUGGAUGGGGAGCGUCGCUGCACAGCUAUUUUCAGGUCUCUCCAGAGAUGUUCGAUCGGGUUCAAGUCCGGGCUCUGUCUGGGCCAAUCAAGGACAUUCAGAGACUUGUCCCGAAGCCACUCAUGCGUUGUCUUGGCUGUGUGCUUAGGGUCAUUGUCCUGUUGGAAGGUGAACCUUUGCCCCAGUCUGAGGUCCUGAGCGCUCUGGAGCAGAUUUUCAUCAAGGAUCGCUCUGUACUUUGCUCCGUUCAUCAUUCCCUCGAUCCUGACUAGUCUCCCAGUCCCUGCCGCUGAAAAACAUCCCCACAGCAUGAUGCUGCCACCACCAUGCUUCACCGUAGGGAUGGUGCCAGGUUUCCUCCAGACGUGACGCUUGGCAUUCAGGCCAAAGAGUUCAAUCUUGGUUUCAUCAGACCAGAGAAUCUUGUUUCUCAUGGUCUGAGAGUCCUUUAGGUGCUGUCAUGUGCCUUUUACUGAGGAGUGGCUUCCGUCUGGCUACUCUACAAUAAAGGCCUGAUUGGUGGAGUGCUGCAGAGAUGGUUGUCCUUCUGGAAGUUUCUCCCAUUUCCACAGAGGAACUCUGGAGCUCUGUCAGAGUAACCAUCAGGUUCUUGGUCACCCCUCUGACCAAGGCCCUUCUCCCCGGAUUGCUCAGUUUAGCCAAGCGGCCAGCUCUAGGAAGAGUCUUGGUGGUUCCAAACUUCUUCCAUUUAAGAAUGAUGGAGGCCACUGUGUUCUUGAGGACCUUCAAUGCUGCAGAAAUGUUUUGGUACCCUUCCCCAGAUCUGUGCCUCAACACAAUCCUGUCUCAGAGCACUACGAACAAUUCCUUCGACUUCAUGGCUUGCUUUUUGCUCUGACAUGCACUGUCAACUGUGGGGCCUUUAUUAGACAGGUGUGUGCCUUAUCCAAAUCAUGUCCAAUUUAUUUAAUUUACCACAGGUGGACUUCAAUCAAUUUGUAGAAACAUCUCAAGGAUGAUCAAUGGAAACAGGAUUCACCUGAGCUCAAUUUCGAGUCUCAUAGUAAAGGGUCUGAAUACUUAUGUAAAUAAGGUAUUUAUGUUUUUUAAUUUGUAAUACAUUUGCAGACAUUUCAGACGCUUUGUCAUUAUGGGGUAUUGUGUGUAGAUUGAUGAGGGGGAAAAAAGUAAUUUAAUCCAUUUUAGAAUAAGGCUGUAACGUAACAAAAUGUGGAAAAAAUCAAGGGGUCUGAAUACUUUCCGAAUGCAUUGUAUGUACAUUCUUAGAAAACAAAGGUGCUAUCUAGAACCAAAAAGAGUUACUCGGCUGUCCCCAUAGGAGAACCCUUUGAAUAACCCCUUUUGGUUUCAGGUAGAACCUUUUUCACAGAGGGUUCUACAGUAUAUUGAACCCAGAAUAGUUCUACCUGGAACCAAAAGGGUUUCUCUCUCUCUCUCUCAGCUAUGGAGGAACGUGCACGUCAGCGAGCGGAGCGCAGGAGGGAGGUGGAGGCGCUGAAGAGAAAGCAGGAGGAGGAGAGGCUGGUGAGAAAUGGAGUGUUUAGGCCAGUGGAGGAUGUGGAAUAGUUUGGUGUUGUUCAGAUAGGUCUUUAGAGGCUGGGAAUUAGAGGGGCUAUUGAAGUAUAUAUAAAGUUAUUGAGGACAAUUAAACUGUUUGCAGGGGAGUGUGUGUGCGGUCCACUGAAGCGAAUCUGGGGAAGUGUGAUAGUGUGCUUGGAAGCAUUAAAUCAAGAAACGUUCUUCUCUUCUCAGGCCCAGCUGAAAGCAGCGGUGGAGGAGAGGCAGAGGGAGGAGGAGGAAGAGAAACGUAGAGCAGCAGGAAGAAGGAGGGAGGAGAAGAGACAAGAGAGAGAGGUGAUGUUUACAGUAGAACUGUACUGAGGACAACUUUCAAGUUGAAAGCUUCCACUUCACUGAGUGUGUAUUUAGGUCUUUAGGUGCCGUAUGUAUCAUGCAUCUCAGAGGAGGAGUGCUGACUUGGGAUCAGUUUAGCCUUUUAGAUCACAAUAAAUAUGAUUACAUGGACAGAGGGAAGCUGAUCCUAGAUCAGCACUCCUACUCUGUGACGCUUGAUACAUACAGACCCAGAUAUUAUUUCUUGCCAUCACAGGGACAGUACAGAAACAUAUACUGAACAAAAAUAUAAAUGCAACAUGUAAAGUGUUGGUUUCAUGAGCUGAAAUAAAAGGUCCCAGAAAUGUUCCAAAUGCACAAAAACCUUUUCUCUAAAAUGUUGUGCACAAAUUUGUUUACAUCCCUAGUGAGCAUUUCUCCUUUGCCAAGAUAAUCCAUCCACCUGACAGGUGUGGUAUAUCAAGAAGCUGAUUAAACAGCAUGAUCAUUACACAGGUGCACCUUGUGCUGGGGGGCAAUAAAAGGCCACUCUAAAAUGUGCAGUUUUGUCACACAACAGAAUGCCACAGAUGUCUCAAGUUUUAUGGGUGCGUGCAAUUGACAUGAUGACUGCAGGAAUGUCCACCAGAGCUGUUGCCAGAGAAUUUUAUGUUAAUUUCUCUGCCAUAAGCCGCCGCCUCCAACAUCGUUUUAGAGAAUUUGGCAGUACGUCCAACCGGCCUCACAACCGCAGACCACGUGUAACCACGCCAGCCCAGGACCUCCACAUCCGGCUUCUUCACCUGCGGGAUCGUCUGGGACCAGCCACCCAGACAGCUGAUGAAACUGAGGAGUAUUUCUGUCUGUAAUAAAACCCUUUUGUGGGGAAAAACUCAUUCUGAUUGGCUGGGCAUGGCUUCCCAAUGGGUGGGCCUGGCUCCAAAGUAGGUGGGCCUAUGCCCUCCCAGGCCCACCCAUGGCUGUGCCCCUGCCCAGUCAUGUGAAAUCCAAAGAUUAGGGCCUAAUUUAUUUAUUUCAAUUGACUGAUUUCCUUAAAUGAACUGUAACUCAGUAAAAUCGUUGAAAUUGUUGCAUUUUAUAUUUUUGUUCAGUGUAUAUAUACAUAGAUGUCAUUAACACUUAUACAAUACAUAAUAAUAACAUAAUAUACCGUUAAACUUAAACGUCUGUCCCUUUUAAUAGCCGGGCAACGGCACACAUUUGAGCAAAUGUUUCAAAUGAAUUGUUUACAAGGAUACCAUGAAUUGUUUGAGGUUUAAUGUUUGAUUGGCUACUAACAGCUGAGAACUGCCAGCUAACUGGCAAGCACAAAAACAGUCAACAGAGUACAGACCCACAGAAAUCAUCUGAUCGCCCUCUAGUGGCGAAAGUAAGAACUGUCAAAUGCACAGUCAGAGGAGAUUAAUUAUUAUUUCAAGGAAAAGUACUGAUUUUCCCCCAAAACAUAGGCAAAGGAAAUGUGACAGUAACCACCUUUCCAUCCACCGUUUUUAUUCAUUAAAAAAAACACACAAAAAACACAACAGCUGUGGUAAAACAGGAAGUUUCAGUACAAUUUUAUGAAUGCAGACAGAAAGAUGGUGGGAUCUAUUUGUGUUAGUAAAAUUAAAUUAUGCGAGAAAUGGCGGUGGGAACGCCUUAAUGCGCAAAUAUUGAGUCACGUGAUGAUAAAGUGUGUGGUACUCCCACUACGACUCUGGAAACCAUGCAGUUUAUUAGGCUACAGAUUAAAUAAAUUAUGAUGAAAUUCACAGGGUGGUGAAAGUGCACAGUGAUGAGCUUGAUGCUGCUUUCCAAUAAAUAUUGAGGGUCUUAUUCUAGUGACAUGAUGAUCGAUGCUGGACUGCCGUUUGACAAAUAAAAAGAUUAUUCUCGCUCUUAUCCAUAAUAAUCUCAUCAUGUAGACUAGCCUACCCGCACUGUAUCUGGGAGCUGUUGGCUAGAGAGCACGUGCCAAGACCAGAGUAGGCACAUUUGCUAUUUAACGCAACAGUUUUUGUGACAAAACGGUAGAGUUGAAAAUGCGAUGGAAACACAUCGAACAUUUGAUUUUUAUUCUCUUAGAUCUUAGGAAGUGAUGUGUUGAUGGUAGCUGUUCAAAGCAAUGAUGCAAUGGUUGGUCAAAGUCAUGUGUGAUAAUGUUGGCAAUGGUUGGUCAAUGUUGUGUGUGAUAAUGUUGGCCUUACGUCACAUUGACAGAGCUUGGUGGUCAGAUCUAAUUAGACAUUUAGAAGCUCUUGAAAAUGUGGCUCCUAGCUCUGAUACUAGGACAAAUAGCUUAAUCACAAACAUAAAACAGAACCAUGUGUGCAUAAAGUAGCUAUACAUUAAAACAGUAAUGACCAGUGGCCAAAUGUGUGUGUGUGUGUGUGUGUGAUUGAUUAUCUGUGUGUGUGUUUGUAUGUGUGUGUUUGUGUCUGCAUGCCUGUCUGUGUGUGUGUGUGUGUCUGAUUAUCUGUGUGUGUGUGUGUGUGAUUGAUUAUCUGUGUGUGUGUUUGUGUCUGCAUGCCUGUCUGUGUGUGUGUGUGUGUGUGUGUGUCUGAUUAUCUCUGUGUGUGUGUGUGUGUGUGUGUGUGUGUGUGUGUGUGUGUGUGUGUGUGUGUCUGUGUCUGACUAUGUGUGUGUAUUCAGAGGGAGGAGGAGAAACAGUGGAGGUUGGCACGAGAACAGCAGCUCCAGACCCAUGCACAGCAACACUACCACAUAACUCUGUUACUACGGCGAGGCCUGGAGCCAUGGAAACGCCUAGUCGCCCAGAGCCAAGCCAACACUCAGGUAAUCACCGGUGCUGUCGGCCUCGACCAAUCAACUGGCCACAUGCAGGGUCUGUACAGAGAGACUCAACACACACUCACACACUCUCUCCUAGAGUCACAUAGCUCAGGACAGCCAAUCAAACACAGCAGACACCAAAUUGUAUUCGCUUAUGGUAGUCUGUCGUAUCCGAUGAUGACUUCCACUUCUGAGUUAACGGUGAAUUCUUUGGUGGAGUCCAAUCCGAGUUCCACAAUGUAAAGUGUUGGUCCCAUGUUUCAUGAGCUGAAAUAAAAGAUCCCAGAAAUGUUCCAAAUGCACAAAAACCUUUUCUCUAAAAUGUUGUGCACAAAUUUGUUUACAUCCCUAGUGAGCAUUUCUCCUUUGCCAAGAUAAUCCAUCCACCUGACAGGUGUGGUAUAUCAAGAAGCUGAUUAAACAGCAUGAUCAUUACACAGGUGCACCUUGUGCUGGGGGGCAAUAAAAGGCCACUCUAAAAUGUGCAGUUUUGUCAUACAACAGAAUGCCACAGAUGUCUCAAGUUUUAUGGGUGCGUGCAAUUGACAUGAUGACUGCAGGAAUGUCCACCAGAGCUGUUGCCAGAUAAUUUUAUGUUAAUUUCUCUGCCAUAAGCCGCCUCCAACAUCGUUUUAGAGAAUUUGGCAUUAACGGUGAAUUCUUUGGUGGAGUCCAAUCCGAGAUCCACAAACUUUAUUGCAGGUGAGGCAUGUGUAGUCUGUGUUGGCGGGGGCAGGCAUGGCUGUAUGUCUUAGUCUGUGUUGGCAGGGGCAGGCAUGGCUGUAUGUCUCAGUCUGUGUUGUCAGGGGCAGGCAUGGCUGUAUGUCUCAGUCUGUGUUGGCGGGGGCAGGCAUGGCUGUAUGUCUCAGUCUGUGUUGGCAGGGGCAGGCAUGGCUGUAUGUCUCAGUCUGUGUUGUCAGGGGCAGGCAUGGCUGUAUGUCUCAGUCUGUGUUGGCGGGGGCAGGCAUGGCUGUAUGUCUCAGUCUGUGUUGUCAGGGGCAGGCAUGGCUGUAUGUCUCAGUCUGUGUUGGCGGGGGCAGGCAUGGCUGUAUGUCUCAGUCUGUGUUGGCGGGGGCAGGCAGCUGUUUUUGCUGUUUCUUUGUGCUCCUCUCCUCCUCCUCUGUACACCGCUCUGGCAGAACUGCCGCCAGGUGGAACGGUUUGGAAGCAGCAUCCUCCAGGUCUGUGGGUUUGAUGUUGCACUUCUUCAGCGACGUUUUCAGUUGGUCCAUGUAGCGCUUCAUCUGCCCCCCUGCAGACCGCCGGCUAAGGUGUAGCUGGCCAUACAGGAUAUUCCGCGGCAAGCGCUCCUGAGACGUUCUAAUGACAUGCCCAAGCCAGCGCAGUUGGUUUUGGGUGACCAUGGCCUCCAUACUCUUGCAGAUGGUCUUAGCAAGUAUUUCCGUAUGGGGCACACGGUCGCACCAGGUGAUUCCCAGGGUGCGCUGCAGGCAUCUUAUGUGGAAUCGCUCGAGCUGCUUGUCGUGGCGACUGUAGGGUCAGGACUGUAGGGUCAGGACUGUAGGGUCAGGACUGUAGGGUCAGGACUGUAGGGUCAGGACUGUAGGGUCAGGACUGUAGGGUCAGGACUGUAGGGUCAGGGUCAGGACUGUAGGGUCAGGACUGCAGGGUCAGGACUGUAGAGUCAGGACUGUAGGGUCAGGACUGUAGGGUCAGGACUGUAGGGUCAGGACUGAGGGUCAGGACUGGGUCAGACUGUAGGGUCAGGACUGUAGGGUCAGGACUGUAGGGUCAGGACUGUAGGUCAGGACUGUAGGGUCAGGACUGUAGGUCAGGAGCGGGGUCAGGACUGUAGGUCAGGACUGUAGGGUCAGGACUGUAGGGUCAGGACUGUAGGGUCAGGACUGUAGGGUCAGGACUGUAGGGUCAGACUGGGUCGGACUGUAGGGUCAGGACUGCGGGUCAGGACUGUCAGAGGGUCAGGACUGUAGGGUCAGGACUGUAGGGUCAGGACUGUAGGGUCAGGACUGUGGGGUCAGGACUGUCAGGGUCAGGACUGAGGGUCAGGACUGUCAGGGUCAGGACUGCAGGAGUCAUGGACUGUAGGGUCAGGACUGUAGAGUCAGAACUGUAGGUCAGACGUAGGUCAGGACUGUAGGGUCAGGACUGUAGGGUCAGGACUGCAGGGUCAGGACUGCAGGGUCAGGACUGCAGGGUCAGGACUGCAGGGUCAGGACUGUAGAGUCAGAACUGUAGGGUCAGAACUGUAGGGUCAGGACUGUGGGGUCAGGACUGUGGGGUCAGGACUGUAGGGUCAGGACUGCAGGGUCAGGACUGUAGGGUCAGGACUGUAGGGUCAGGACUGUAGGGUCAGGACUGUAGGGUCAGGACUGUAGGGUCAGGACUGUAGGGUCAGAACUGUAGGGGUCAGGACUGUAGGGUCAGGACUGUAGGGUCAGGACUGUAGGGUCAGGAACUGCAGGGUCAGGACUGUAGGUGACCCAGGCUUCACAGCUGUAAAGAAGUGUGCUGAUGCUUGAUAGAUGGCGACUUUGGUGUAGAGGUGGAGAUCUUUGGUGUAGAGGUGGAGAUCUUUGGUGUAGAGGUGGAGAUCUUUGGUGUAGAGGUGGAGAUCUUUGGUGUAGAGGUGGAGAUCUUUGGUGUAGAGGUGGAGAUCUUUGGUGUAGAGGUGGAGAUCUUGUUUUGGAACCCUGCAUCUGAGUUUCCCGAAAGGCAGCUGAGGCUUGCUUGAUCCUGUUUUGAAUUUCGGUGUCGAUGCUGCAGUCAUCCGAGAGGAUGCUGCCCAGGUAUUUGAAGGGACUAUAGCCAGUGAUUUGUGUUCAAUGGUGAAGACAGGCAUGGUGGGUGGAGGGCUGGAUCUCCAUUGGCAGACCACCUCUGUCUUGGUGGUGUUGAUAUACAGUCCCAUCCUGCUAUAGACCCUCAAAGCCGCUACAAGGACGGACUGAAGUUCUUCUGGACUGUGGGCCACAAGAGCACAGUCAUCAGCAUAGUGCAGCUCCAGAACCCGCUCCGUCGAAACCUUGAUGGUUGCUUGGAGCCUCCUGAUGUUGAAUAGGUUUCCAUCUAGCCUGAAGUCCACUGCAACCCUGCUGCUGUCCUCAAGAUCCUUGUGGAGAAGCUGAGUGACACAUAGGAGGAAGAUGUUAAAGAGUACAGGUGCCAGCACACACCCCUGCCUCACAUCAAUGCUUACUCCAAAGGGCACUGACUCCUGCCCUCUUAUGGCCAGCCGAGCCAUCAUCCCAUCAUGGAACUGGUAAAGGAUGUUGACAAAUCUGUCUGGACAGUCAAAUGUGAGUAGAAUGCCCCAUAGUAGUUCCCUGCUCACAGUGUUGAAGGCCUUGGAGAGGUCGACAAAGGCCAUGAAAAGGUCCUGACGUUGUUCACGGCACUUCUCCUGGAGUUGUUGUGCCGUGAACAUCAUGUCGACCGUGCUCCUGUUCUUUCUGAAGACGCAUUGUGACUCUGGCAGCAGUUCCUCUGUGAUGUUGUUCACCAGCCUGUGUAGCAUCACCUUGGCCAGGACCUUACCGGCAACAGCCAGAAGGGAUAUCCUCCGGCUGUUGCCGCAGAGGGUGUAUAUACUGGUGGAGCGUUCUGGUGUAGAAGUAACCUCCCUUCUUAAGUAGCUCUGCUGGGAUGCUGUCAGCGCUAGGAAUCUUGUUGUUCUUGAGGGAAUGGAUAGAUGAUAACCCCUCUUGGAAGGUUGGCGAAUGGUUGAGGUUUUGAAUGGGUGGAUGGACAGGCAGUUCUUCCAGGAUGGAGUGUUCUGUUGGAGAGCGCAGGUUGAGGAGUGCUUCAAAAUGGUCAGCCCACCUCAACAGGAUCUGGUUUUGGUCCUUGAAGAGAGUCAGAAGAGCCAUCAGCUGUUUUCAGGGGGGUGAUGGAGCAACUUCUAGGGCCAUUGAUACUGUAGCUGAGUUGUAGAAAUUGUGCAUGUCGUUUUUGUCUGCAUAAAUUAGGAUUUCCUGUUGCCUUAUUCGUCCACCAUUCGUUCUGCAGAGCAUGCGAGGUUGUUUGCACUUCCUUGCGUAAUGCUCGCCAUUGCUGGUGGAGGAUAGCAGAUGUGGGGCUGUUUAGUAGUCCUGUGCGCUUUGUGCAUAUUGUCCAGUAAGGUUGUGAUGGUGUCAGAGUUCUUAUCGAACCAGUCCUGAUGUUUCCUACCUCUGUAGCCAAUGGAGUGGGCCACUGCCUGAUAGAGCACUGAGCUGAUAGAUGCCCACUUCUGGUCCAUGGGGUCCUCUGAGCUCAGAAGAGGCUCAAUCUCCCUCAGCCUUUCAGCGAGAGAGCGACGGAACUCGUCCCUUACUGCAGAUUUCUCAAGCCGGGUACAGUGCAGACGCCUCUUACUGCACUUCUGCAGGCGUUGCGGGGAUGUAUUCUCACCUGGAGUUUAGCCAAUGUCAUAUGGUGAUCUGUCCAGCACCCCUCAUGGCAAGUGUCAGCAGGAAGUCAUUGGUGUCAGAAGGUCUUACUAUGACGUAGUCGAUCAGGUGCCAGUGUUUGGAGCGUGGGUGCAUCCAUGACGUUGUUCUUCUGCCGGAACAAGGUGUUCGGGAUCAUGAUCGACACAGAGUUAGCAGUCUCAUGCCGUUCUCAUUGACCUGGCCAACACCAUGCCUACCCAGCACUCCAUAUCCUGUUGUUCUGUCCCACCCUAGCAUUGGAGUCACCCAGCAGAAAGAUCUUGUCAUUCCUGGGGAUGCGAUGAAGGGCCUCAUCUAGUGACUGGUAUAAGCAGUCCUUUGAUGUAUUCACAGCUACACACCCAUGUAUUCACAGCUACACUCAAAUACACACAUGUAUUCACAGCUACACUCAAAUACACACACAUACAUAGAAGACUCUUUCCCUCAAACAACUACAGGUUUUAAGGUGUCAUGCUUAUUCAGAUACCAACCAACACCCUCACACAAUUCCCAAUGGAAAUGACACACACACACACUCUGUAACUAAAUCUAAAGCCAAACACACACCCACCCACCUACACAUACACCCUAAUCCCAGACAUCACGCUCAGAGCUGGAAUUAUGUGUAGAGUAUGCUGUUGGUAUAAGCACCUGUUUGACUACCUGUUUGUGAGAACCAGUAGGUCAAAUUGAACUGGCAGAGAGAUGGAAAUAUGCUAGAGAGAGAGGAAGUGAGAGGCUAGAGGAGAAGGAUCCAGGAAGAGAGAGAGGCUAGAGGAGAUGGGUACAGGAAGAGAGAGAGGCUAGAGGAGAUGGGUACAGGAAGAGAGAGAGGCUAGAGGAGAGGGGUACAGGAAGAGAGAGAGGCUAGAGGAGAUGGGUACAGGAAGAGAGAGAGGCUAGAGGAGAUGGGUACAGGAAGAGAGAGAGGCUAGAGGAGAUGGGGUACAGGAAGAGAGAGGUAGAGGCGGUACAGGAGAGAGGCUAGAGGAGGGUACAGGAAGAGAGGCUAGAGGAGAGGGGUACAGGAAGAGAGAGAGGCUAGAGGAGAUGGGUACAGGAAGAGAGAGAGGCUAGAGGAGAGGGGUACAGGAAGAGAGAGAGGCUAGAGGAGAGGGGUACAGGAAGAGAGAGAGGCUAGAGGAGAUGGGUACAGGAAGAGAGAGAGGCUAGAGGAGAGGGGUACAGGAAGAGAGAGAGGCUAGAGGAGAUGGGUACAGGAAGAGAGAGAGGCUAGAGGAGAUGGGUACAGGAAGAGAGAGAGGCUAGAGGAGAUGGGUACAGGAAGAGAGGCUAGAGAGGGCUAAGGAAGAGAGGUGAGAGAUGGGUACAGGAAGAGAGAGAGGCUAGAGGAGAUGGGUACAGGAAGAAGGAGAGAGGCUAGAGGAGAGGGGUACAGGAAGAGAGGGCUAGAGGAGAUGGGUACAGGAAGAGAGAGAGGCUAGAGGAGAUGGGUACAGGAAGAGAGAGAGCUAGAGGAGAGGGUACAGGAAGAGAGAGGCUAGAGGAGAUGGGUACAGGAAGAGAGAGAGGCUAGAGGGAGGGGGUACAGGAGAAGAGAGGCUAGAGGAGAGGGGUACAGGAAGAGAGAGAGGCUAGAGGAGAUGGGUACAGGAAGAGAGGCUAGAGGAGAGGGGUACAGGAAGAGAGGGAGUGAGAUGAGAGGGGUUGGAGGAGAGGAAUGAUUGAUGGGCAAGUGACGUGAAGAUGGAUGGUGUAACAUCUCAGCAACACAGGAGGCUGGUGUCACCUUAAUUGGGGAGGACGGGCUCGUGGUAAUGGCUGGAGCGGAAUAAGUGUAAUAGUAUCAAAUACAUUAAACACAUGGUUUCCAUGUUGCUUGAUGCCAUUCCAUUCGCUUCGUUCUGGCCAUUAUUAUGAGCUGUCCUCCCCUCAGCAGCCUCCUGUGCUCAGCAACAUGUUCUGUUCCAAUCUACUGUAUACAACCUUGAGGAGCUGAACAGCUCGUUCAAUAUCACAUGUUCUAUGCUGCUACAGGUUUACCUGGACUCCCAACAACUUAGCUUGAUUCCCAACAACUCUAUUCACGUUAUUUACCAGGGGUCAAAGUCCUAACUUCUUUAAAGACCAUGAGUUUGAAAUGAAUGUCGAAUUGUACUGUACAUUUCUCUCAAUACAUUUUCAGCAUGUCAGCCUCAAUGCCGUGCAGGCUCCUUAUCCUUUAUACCCUGCCAUUGUUUGUUACCUGCCUGGCACAUGUGAAUAGGGAUUAUUUUCAUUCCCUUCCAGCUGGCCAGGGCUCAUCACAGGCAGUCUCUCCUGAGACGGUGCAUGCUGUCCUGGCAGCAG